AUGGCUGACACGCUCAAAAAGGAUAGCACGCUUGCCCGUGUGGAGAGCUAUGAGCUUUCCGGGUCAGUCCGGGAUAUCACCAAUUACCCAACUCAACAUUCCGAUGACACAGAGACAGACACUGAAAAGGCCACCAACAAAGCAGCAUUGGGUGGAGCUGAUGAAGGUACACCAGAAGCAGCAGCGGCAGCUGCCGCUGCUGCUGGUGUGCCACGCGACGUUCAGCGGGCUCUACAGCCUCGUCAUGUUUCCAUGAUUGCCCUAGGAGGUACUAUUGGAACCGGGCUGUUCAUAGGUAUCGCUACUCCUCUGACCAAUGCCGGACCCGUCGGCGCUUUGAUCUCCUACAUUUUCAUGGGAACGCUGGCGUACUCAGUGACACAGUCGCUCGGGGAAAUGGCCACUUUCAUCCCGGUGACAUCGUCUUUCACGGUCUUCACGCGUCGGUUCAUUUCCCCCGCGUUCGGAGCCGCCAACGGCUACAUGUACUGUUUCUCGUGGUGUAUCACUUUUGCGCUGGAACUCUCGGUGGUGGGCCAGAUCAUCGAGUACUGGACAUAUGCGGUUCCUAACGCCGCGUGGAUCAUCAUCUUUUGGCUUCCGCUCACACUGUCCAACCUGGUCCCCGUCAAGUUCUACGGAGAGUUCCAGUUCUGGAUCUCGCUGGUGAAAGUACUGGCCAUUGUAGGGUUUCUGAUCUACUGUCUAUGCAUGGUGUGCGGUGCGGGCGUUACUGGGCCCGUCGGGUUUCGGUAUUGGCGGAACCCGGGACCCUGGGGUGACGGAAUUGUGGCCAAGAGUCUGCCUAAGGGCCGAUUCCUCGGCUGGGUGUCUUCGCUGAUUAACGCUGCAUUCACAUAUCAAGGAACGGAGCUGGUCGGAAUUAGCGCCGGAGAAUCGCGGAACCCGCGCAGAACCGUACCAAAGGCCAUCAACAAGGUUUUUGUGCGGAUCCUGCUGUUUUACGUUGGAUCUCUGUUCUUUAUUGGCCUACUGGUCCCUUACAACGACUCCAAACUGACUCCGGACCCUAACGCUCCAACGGCAUAUGUGGCUAGUUCGCCCUUCAUCAUCGCUAUCGAGAACUCCGGAACCAAGAUCCUGCCCGAUAUCUUCAACGCCGUGGUGCUGAUCACCAUUAUCUCUGCGGCCAAUUCUAACGUAUACAUCGGAUCGCGUGUGUUACUGGGGCUGGCCAAAGAACGUCUUGCGCCCCGGUUUUUAAUGCGUGUCAACCGUUUCGGAGUUCCGGACUUGUGCGUCGGCGUAAUUUCGGUGUUCGGCUUUCUCGGAUACCUCAGUGUAUCUAACGGGUCGCAAACCGCAUUUGAUUGGCUAUUGAAUAUCACGGCUAUUGCCGGAUUCUUUGCCUGGCUAUUUAUCUCGCUGUGUCACAUCCGCUUCAUGCAGGCGCUUAAACUACAGGGCAUAUCUCGGGACGACCUACCGUUUAAGGCCAAAUUCAUGCCCUAUGGCGCGUACUACGCGGCUUUCUUUGUCAUUCUGAUCAUUUUCAUUCAGGGAUUCACCGCGUUUGCGCCACACUUCAACGUGUCGGACUUUUUUGCCGCGUACGUCAGUUUGAUUCUGUUUGUGAUUGUGUGGAUCAUCUUCCAGUGCAUUUACCGGUGUCGUUUUAUCUGCCGUCUUGAAGACGUGGAUAUUGACUCUGAUCGUCGCGAUAUAGACGCGAUGGAAUGGGACGACGAAGAACCGACCACACUGUGGGGUAAGUUCUGGGCCGCUAUGGCAUAG